AUGGAUCUUUUGAAUUUAUAUGUGUUUGGUCACCAAAACUUGGUUGUCAAAUUGUAUAUCCUAGGACCAACAUAUAUACAGCCUGUGAUUUUUGCCGAUCGAGCGAUUAUCCAGGAUUGCCAAAUUGUCCGUGUAAGACAACCAAUGACGAAAACGACGAACAAGAAAAGACGAAAUCGGGAUCAGGAUCAGAAACUCUACACCGGUUCUUUGAAUAUCAUGAUUGGUGCAGCGGGAUUGAACUUUUGGAAAUCACAAGCUAAUUCUUUAGUUAAACAGAUGGUUUGCAAUGGCCCUAUUACCUAUUCCGGACUGUUUAAUUUUACUAAAAACCUUGUACUGUGUGGAGACUGCACUGAAGACAGUAAGGACUGCAUUAUUGAAAAUGAGACGGGAUACUUCGCCGAGCCAAGUGAUUUUUAUGAACCUAGAGCUGGGAAACCUUUAUACCCGCCGGUAACCGCCGACUUAGACGUGUGCAUUCCUAGCGAUAUGAAAAUUUAUGAAAAAGAUGGAACUUUCAAAUAUAUAUGUACUUGGUCCCCAAAAAUCGGCUGUCAAAUUUUAUAUCCUAAGACGAAUACGUUCACAGAAUGUUUUAUGUGCCGAGCUAUAGGUAUUGAAGGGGUUAAAAGUUGUCCGUGCAAGAUACCCAACGGAACAAUAGACAAAGAUAGAAAGAAGAAGUCGGGAUCAAGACAAUUAUACAUUGAAUCUCUGCAUUUCAUGAUUGGUGCAGCUGGAUUGGUGCUUGUGGGACUAAAGCUAUGUGGCCUUAUGUACGAGUUAUAACAGAUAUUGCCUUUGACCGACUUUGACAUUUAGCAAGACCUUUCCGAAUUCACAAGCAAAUGUAAUAAUACCACUCUUGGCUUGCACUUUUUUAACAACAAAUUUUUUGUAACUUUGGGAAUAUAGAAAAACGAUAAUU